AUGUACAAACAUGUACACACGCGGCUUGUCGAGCGUGGGCUCAGGGCUGUCCAAGGGCUGCCCGACAACUUCAACGCCUGUACGCUUCCUGCUCUCCUCCGCCGGCAGGGCAUAUCCACCCCAAGCACAAGCCCGCUAUCAGCCCGGGUGAGCACCCUCCUCGUCUCCGCUGCCUUGUCCAAGGGCGCGGGAGUGCGGUCGAGUGGAGCCCAACAUCCCGCGCCCCGCGCCCUCGUCGGCGGUUUGAACACGAUAGCGCAGCCUGCUGACGACACGACGCCGACAGGCGCCCCCUUCGACAGGACAGGCCUACCGCUUCGCCACCGCCGCGAGUCUCCCCCCGCUGAAGCAAGCCCCGGCCUUGUGCUCACGAGGGCGGGGGCAUCGUUCCAAGCGCAGGUCGGGGCUCGCUUAGAACGAGGAAGCUGCGAGCCAUUGAACCUAGGCCCCACGACCCCCGCACAACAAACUCUUCCCCUGGAGAGCGUGCUCAAAAAGGCCUGGCUGGCGUGGGCGAGGAUGCGCCCUCACAAACUCCCGAGACCGGGGCUGAUGCUGCGCUUCCUGUACAACGGCGUAGCUUGGACGGGAGGAAGCGCAGCCUUAGUGCACGGCCGCGUCGCGGUGUUCACAUGCGGACACGUCUCCCCCGACAGCUUCAAGCCCUAUCGGCUGCCGGAAGGCCCGCCGCCCGCGAGUGCGCUCUCUUUCGCGCGGCGUCAUACCUCUGGGCUCAACAGGAAGGCCGCCGAAAGCGAGGCCGCCGAAGCCAUAGGCCGCACCGUCUGCCCGGUCGCAUAG